AAAAGAAAGAAAGAAAAAAAAAACAGGGAUUUAAAGUUUUCUGCAGGUUUAGAGUUUGAAAAACAAAACAAAAACAAAAUUCAAGCCAAACUGAAAAUCGCGAGGCCCAAAUUUCAGGUAUUUCCAUAUGGUAUCCAUUGCUAUCUUUGCUGUAUAUCGUUAGCGUUCGUCACAUGCCAGUGAAUUCCUGUCAUUGGCCCAAUGCUGUUACAGUGCACAAAGCAGUUAUUUAAGGUUUCCCUAUGAUCUGAGUUUUCUUACAUGCUUUUUAAAGGUGGCCAUGCUAUAAAUAGAUGAUGGCAUGCAGUGCCCUCUUAACCCGAUUUUAUUUUUUUACCAAAUGUGAAUAGACAAAAUGACUUUGUUCGGUGUAAAACAUAAAAAAACGCGAAUAGAAAGUUUCCUUAGCACUAUUUAUUGUCAUUACGAUGGGCAGAGUGCUUUUCCUUAUGGACUUGCAGACGUUAACAAUUACCGUCAAUAAGGUCGUCAAAUUGUGAAAGAACCUGUACCCCUCUCGCAUAACACAAGCAAGCUGAAGAUACACAAAAUGCAUCACAGGACUUGUUAAUCCUCUGUCAGCUAUUAUCUGAUUGGCUGACUGUCAUACUGUUGUAGAAAUAAAAAGAAUUGUGCAAGACCUAGAUUCGACAAUGCUGAGGAAACACUCGCUCCUACGCACAGAAGCAAAAGCGAUUCGGAAUGGAUCACUUUGUUUGUUGCAAGUGGCUGUUUUGAGAACCCGUCAAAAUUUGCUCGCUGAAGCGUUUAGGUCCGUUACCAAGUUACAAGGCUUCAGCCAAGCUAGAUGAGCACAAUUAACAGUAUACAGGGCAAACAAUUCUCUAAUCAUUGUGUUUUCAAAACACUUGCCCAGCUUUUUUUUUUUACUUCCGGCUGAACAGAGCUUCAGCUUUCCGACCGUGGAACUACUACAGUUAGUCAUCACGAGUUUCCUAUUAUUAGUCCAUUAUCUUUUCUUCGCGUCAGAACAUAAGUUAGCAAUUACUCGUUGCUAUUUUAAGUCACAGUGCACUUUACGGCCUAUCAACAUUUGAUCUUGUUUCAAUUAACGACUUGAUACUUGAAUGGUCGUAUGCGAGGGGACCAUUACGCGUGCCCUAACCACAGAAUGAAUGAAACGUGUCGCUAGUCGACUCUUCGCUUCUUUAACAUUUAGCUUCUCUAUCUGGCCUUUAAGUGCUGUUUGGUGUCUUCGUUCUGCCCAUCAGAUGCGCCUUCCGAGCGUUUAAUUCAAGGCAGCGGAAUUCCUUCACAAUAGGCAACAGUGAGUUUGAAGUUUGCUCUGUUUAUCACGAAGUGAUCGUCAUAGGGGACUGCGGGCUAUUUUGGGUCCCAGCCAGUAAUUCAGCAGCUCCUAAGAAUGGUUGAAAGAACUCUAGAACUGUGAUGUUUAACCAUAUUUAACCGAGGUUUUUUGACGUCGUGGGCGCGAUUUACAUGACACAAGUGUGUGUGUGUGCGAGCUGGAAAGACACUGUGUUGGUCUUACUCAUCAAAGCGAUCCUAACCUGUUGGAGUUAAAUAUGCGAAUGAAGGCAGUGUAAUGUCUAGGAAUCUUGAGCAUUGUUCGUUGAAUCUUGGCGUGUGGAAUCGAAGAUCUGUUAGUGGUAAAUAUUUUAGUGUUAUACAUCUGUGCGCAGUGAAUUCGACGAACGACCACGGACAUCUGACGGCGCAAUUGAAUUCCUACAAACUGUAAACGAGGAUGUCCACUCGCCCAGCACAAUUUGACGCCGAAACUGGCAGAUCAGUUCCACCGAGCGCGACACAGGCGCGCUCGAGAAGUGAAAGACGGCACGAAGGGAGCAGAGAAGGGCGAGGAGCCCAUAGAGCUCGGAUGGGAGCUAGUGAAGUGGAACCAACGGAAGUGAGCAUUUCGCACAAAAAAGCGUACGGGAAGACGAGUGAAAAGGCUCAAUUAAAAAUCUCUAAAGCGCGCACUCAUGGUAGUCAUGUUUCUAGUUCUGCGGUAAGUGAGGGCCCGCAGCCAUCGCUGGACUAUGUUACACCGCACUUAUCUGGGAGAAACACACAGGAUUAUUCUCCUAAAUCGAGCUCGAGUCUCUAUGCUGGCACGACAGCCGAUUCGGAAAGAACGAAGUUCAUGGACAACAUUCCAGGGAUACCAGCAAGUGAACAGUUAACUCAGCGAGGCGACCGGGCCGGCCGCACGCUAUUUCCGCCCCCUUCAGUUUCCAACUAUGGACAAAAUGCUACUUAUCCCACUGGCCUUUCAUCUGACGUGAAAGGUUUGCCUAGAGACACGAUUAACAACAGUGACUUGGUUUUCUGCAAAGCUCCAACGAACAGACACUCGAAAUCGGUGCGUGUUAAGGGCCAAGCAGAAACAGAAAUGCAAUGGAAUGCGACUCAGGAAAAUAGCUAUCGUCCCCGAGACGAUCAGAGAAACAGGCCUGCGACGAACGAAUUCCAUUACUCGACAAGAACGCGAGGAAGGCGGAAUAAAGAUGGCGGCAGCAUUGUUUACAACGAUGUAAAGUUUUCGGGAUCGAGCCGACAAAAUGUUACGAGACGUUCGACUUCUACCUCGUAUUCGGAGUCACCGACAGACACCCAGGGUUCAUCGACAGAAUCGGAAAGCGAUAUCAGCUCAUCCCUUGACACACCGCUUAAGCGCAGACGGCGCAUUAGGCGAAAGCCGUCCAAUAAGUCGAUUGGCUCAAGUGUAUACGGCGACGACAACACCAGCGAGUCCGAAAACCAGAGCGUCAGUGAACCGUCCGACACGAGCAGCGCGGCUUACUCGCAGAGGAAAAGAAGGACGCAGUUUCCAUCGGAUGAGCCUUCCAACGUAGCGCCUCUUGUGAGCUACAAGGAGCUCCGAAAUGCUGCUAACAAAAUCAGGUCAAGUAGUAUGACUUCUGUGAGCUCACUGGAGGGAGCGGGACUUCCUAGCGACCCUUCUAGAAUCCAGUCACCGUUGUUAUCUCCAAAAGGGACUAGCAUAGCUAAAGUCAGAAAAAUCCAAAUUUGCUCGUUUACUUCGUUUGCCGAUAGUCGGUUGAACGACAAAGAAAACCUGCCUCAAAGGAGGAGAUCUACCGAGGAGAGGGAAUCGUUUAAAAUCAGGGGGAGACCUCAGACUGAAUCAUCUUCCAGAGAACUGUCCAGGGACAGACCCCCUUUGACAAGGCAAGGUUCAGAAUCUCCAUCACUGUCCAAGAACCCGUUUAGCCUCAAAUCAAAGCCAUUCGUGCGGAAAUCAAGUAAAGACUCACUUUUCAGUGACAGUGAAUGCAGUAAUAUUGCCCCUGAUAGAGGGCAUGCUAGCACCGUGUACGAUGUUCCUGUUUUGCAGGAGCAGGAGGCACGCUGCAAUUCUGCACCCCCUGCCYCUGYGCCAAUUGACACCAGAGAGUCCAGAUUGUAUUCUAAUCUGCCUGAUAGUGAACUAGCUUCYYCGCGAAGUGCAUUUGUUCCCGUAAAACCUAACAAAAGAACUAUUAAUGACCAUGAACCAAGCCCACCUGUAUCUGCUCCUGUAGCAUUUGCAGACUCGCGGCCAGAGAAGGGUAAUUCAACAUCAGCCGAUGUUUUAUUACAGCCUGUGCCAAGGCAUGGUAAUCGACCUCUUUCUAUUGUCCAAGAAACAGAUGAAUUUGUGGAUAUACAGGAGGAUGAUAGUUACGAGGUAAAAAAGGUUGAAAAAAUGUCCAAAAAAUCACACCUAUCGAGGAGCUCACCUGUAAGGACAUCACAAGAUCAUAGAACAACAUCACCUUCUGCGGAGGACACUAAAUCUACGUUACGGAGGUUAUCCUACGUUAGGGCUCAGAAAAACUCUGCAGAACUCCCCAUGCAGCCUCUAGCAGUGCCGCCAUUGAACAACAAUUCCAAUUCUGAUUCUUCACCAUCCCAUUCGGCAGUACCAUCCUCAAGGAGGUACAACUCAGAAGAAAACAGUGAUACAAAAAGAGUACUGAAAGAGUUUGAUCCAGUUAACCCCCAUGAAACAAUGAGGACUGCGGUGCCUCCAGUUGUCGCAGAGGGUGACUUGAUAAGUUUUGAUGAUGAAAAUAGUGAGGUGAAGGAGCCAGUUAAAAAGAGGACAAAAAGAAUCUCGCGACCUAAAAUACCAACAAUUCUAAGUGGUGAAGAGGAAGAGGGUACAAAUGACAUGGACCAUUUUGAAACUUCAAGGGGUAUGGUAGAGGAGGGCAAUGUUUCUUACAACAAAGAAAUUUCAGGACUGUUUGAUGGAUCAAACAGAGACACCAUUAUUGCACAUGACACUGAUGAGGACAGCACUCCCAGGGCAGCUUCCGACGCUGAAGAAAAUGACGCAGCAGAUUCAUUGGGCUACAAUGGUGGCAGUGAACUGGACCAGGGGCUAGUUGAUUCUUUCUACCAUAGUAAAGAUGAUGUUUUUGAGGAUAUUAGCCAAAAAGUUUCCCCCAGGAGAAGAUUACAGAAAAGGGCUUCCCUGCCAUUGAUUAAAACAGAACUUUACCAAGAUGAAGCUAAGAAAGUUGAAGAUGUGCCAAAAAUGGAGGUAGUACCUGAAUCACCAAGUUUACGGAAAGCAGAAACCAUCAGUGAUCUUAGUUUAGAUCAGGUUUCACGUCACCUCAAAGUGAUUCCGUACGACAAUGGUGAUCUUAAACAGCAUACAGACUCGUCAUUUCAAGAUGAUAAGAGUUUAGAGAGCUGCAGUCCUCCACCCGGGUCUGUACCUUCACCAAGUCCUAGUCAAAUAAGUUUUGAUGCACUGUCUUUAACAACCAGUGGUUUCAGUGAAACCCAUUCUGAACAGGUCAGCACUGGGGAUCUCAAUGCCGUUGAUGAUCUCUUGGGUAUGGAUGCUGCAGCUAGUGUUAAGUCCUUGGAUGCGUGGCGUUCCCAAAGUGACCCUAGUCAUGGCACUCAGUUAGAGGAUACCAUUGCUGAGGCGGAGCUGCAAGCACAUCGCAACAGUAACAGUGAACCUAAUCUGUCGGGAGAAAAAUUAAAGGAAGAAGCUGAACAGUUGGCCAAGAGAGUGAAUGGUGGAAACCAAGUAGAACCAAAGAGUCAUGGGAUAACAGAACAUGAUGAUGAUGAUAAUGAUGAUGACAAAGAUACCUCUUUGGCUGAGUUGAGUCCAGAUGAUGGUUGUUAUGAACUGGACAAACCUGAGCACCACACGAAACCAGUGCAGCGAGCCAAAUCUGCACCAACACCAACCACGCCAACUACUCCGAGGUCGCAAAGAAUAGCAAAUUCUUUUGCGGUAGAAAAGGCUCAAGUUAAACUCAAUAAACUGGCAGCAAUGGAAACAAUAAUUGAAAUGCCACAUGCUGAACCAGCUAUCAUUAUAGAAAAGCCAAAAGUUGAGAAAAAGCGAAGUACCGCACUGGAAGGUAGCUGCACCUCUCCGGCAGCCGUACCAAAAGAGGACAAGAGGAAGCUGUCAGUGACUAAAGAGCCAGGAAAGGCACAGAAGUCCAAACAUGACCUGAGAGCUCAUGUACUGAAAAAUUUGCUGGACACGGAGAUGUCUUAUGUGCAGAACCUUCAGUUCCUUGUUUCGAGUUAUUACAAGGCACUCAAGAAGCAGGAGAAUGCUGGUAUAGUAGAAGCUGCCCAAGUGGAUGAGAUGUUUUAUCAGAUCCCUGAAAUCCUGCUGUGUCAUGAGUUUUUCCUUCAGCAACUGCAGAGCAGAGUGAAUGAAUGGCAUGACAAGCAAAAGAUUGGAGAUAUCUUUGUUUCAUCGUUUACCAAGUGUUUUCUGGUGGAUGCCUACAGCGCAUUCAUAAAUCAUUUUCUGCAAGCCAGAGCUGCUGUAAGGGUAGCCACAGUAACCAGGCCUGCUUUUGUGCGAUACAUGGAGCAAUGUUCCCGAGAUCACAAAGAAAAACUGACCCUUCAAGAUCUGAUGAUCAUGCCAGUGCAAAGAAUACCAAGAUAUGAACUAAUACUGAAAGACAUGAUAAAACACACUCCUCAUGAUCACCCAGAUCAUGGAAGUCUUCAACUAGCUUUGGGAGAGAUAAAGACGCUAGCCGAUAGAAUGAACCGAGGAGAGAAGGAGGUCGAUCAAGCAGAGAGGGAGGCUGAGAGACUGCGUGAUCUUGAAGCAACGAUUGAAGGGAUGACAAAUCUGGUGACAUCCACACGGCGGUUAAUCCGCCAAGACCUGGUUGCUGAAGUGAAAGGAACAAUAACCAAGAAGGACCGAUGCCUAUUCUUGUUUAAUGAUAUGCUGGUUUGUGCAACUGUCAAGCGAAAGGCUAAUGCUCUCAGACGAGGUUCACUAAGCAUAUUUUCUGGCUCUGGCACUGAAUUCAACAAGUACAAACUACUCUGGAGACUACACCUUGAUAGUGUGGAAGUGUACAAAUCAUCUCCUGAAGCCCAGAGACGGAAUAGUCUAGAGAAGCAGUUGGAGAGACUUGACAAUGACAUGUCUUUACUGAGCAAGAUCAGUAUCUUGGCUGACACCUUAGCAAUUUCACAUAUGGCCCUAGAUGGAGCUAUUCGAGAACUGAUGAAUGAAGUCAAUCGGCAGAUUUCUGAGAAGCAAAUCCCAUUACAGCCUCCUACCUCCACCAAGUUAGAGCUGCAUGUUACUCAGGCAGAGGAAGAUGGCCCUGAAGAAAAAGAUUUUCAGUUUUUGUUCUUGGAAACAGAAAUUAAGAAUUCCUGGGAAGCAUACUUUGAAGAUGCAAAACAAAAGCUUGCCUAUGCCAAAGACAUAUUUCCUCCUGAGUUUCAGUAUUGUAUUCCUAUUAACAAGACAAGAAGUGGAAUGCAGUUCACUUGUGCCUCACCCUGCCAAGUACCACACAUGCUUGACAGAGGAAAUCAUUGCGGGUCAGGAGACGUUUGGGUUUGUAACAGUGAUGGUUACGUUGGACAAGUGUGUAUUCUCAGAAUGGGAGCUCAGAUUCAGCCGUUUGGUUCCAUAACAGUGUGUAUGUCUCGAAUCCUCUGCAUUUCACCUGUUCCUGGAACGAAAUUCAGCGGUUUGGAAGCACUCCAGUCCGAAAACGAAACCAAAUCCGACACUCAGUCCAUCUCUCUGGGAAGUGAGAAGAGCAGUAAAGGAAACACAACGCCCAAAAUUUCACGUUCAGGUUAUGCCAGCGACGAAGAUGUCACCGGUCCACAAAACAUCAUGGCGUUUGAUAGCAGUUCCGAAGACGAGGAGGGACUGGGUCAAGAGAGUUUUCUUGGCGGGAAAUUCACCGACGGAAGCUCGCCGUUCGACGUCGACGGCCGACUCAGUCCCGAAGGCAGUAGUUUGGGAACUACGGGAAGUGCCGACGGCUUGGACAGUAGUCAAGACGAAAAUGUGUUUGAGUUCGAGGAAAAUGACUCCAGUUGUGACGAGAUGAAAGCUAAAGGAUCCCGUAAACACUCGAAGCGGAGAAUGGGGUCUUCUCCCAGAGCCAGCCAAGAUCUCAAAGACAGCCUGUCGGAUAUUGUGAAUUUUGACACCGANAACACAACAAGCACUCUGACUUUUCCACAUGGGAGACAACCCCAACCCCAUCCUCCCCCCGCUUGUACAUGCCUGUAA